CAUCCUCAGCAUCCACAGCAUCCUCAGCAUCCUCAGCAUCCUCAGCAUCCUCACGGAACUCACUCACCGGCCCCGGUGACGGAUUAAUACCUGGAUUACAUUUCCAUAAGCGAGGGAACCCCGAGCGACCAACCACCCGACCUGACACGGUUCAGUUUCCUGCACGAGACACGCACGAUGCUUCUGGAGCGCGACGACAGCUUCAUGUCGGAGUUCGAGGACGCGUGCAGCGCCUGGGUGGACAGCGUGGGCCCCAGCGAGGGGGGCGACUCCGACGUGGGGUCACCUUUCUGUCAAGUUUUCUCUCCGGGAACCGACGCCUCCGACUCAGAUUUCUUCUCCGACUUCAGCGACUGCUCCUCGGACACGCUCUCUCCCUCCCUCGGUUACACCGGCAGCUUCUUCGCGGAGCCCGAGGCUCCUCCGGCGGCAGCAGCGGGGCUGAGCAGCACCGCGGACGCGAUCCUCAACAUGAUCACCGAGAUCGUGGGCAUCUGCACCGAGGUGGAGCAGCAGGGCGAGUCCGCCCCGUCCUCCGCGGCGCCCUCUCCGGCCACAUCCUGCCCCUCGUCGCCGCUCUUCGCCCCGUCUCCCUGCAUCCCUCCCCCGGCUGCAGCCGCGCAGCCUCCCGCCUCCAUCUCACAGCCGGUGGUGGUUAAGAGCGAGUUCGUGACCUCCAGCUGCAGCAGCAGCUCUGGACACUCCUCCUCUGGACAGUCUUCUUCUGGACACUCCUCCUCUGGACAGUCUUCCCUCGGCGGGAGCGAGGCGCUGUUCUCGGCCGGCGCCGACUCUCUCCUCCCGCUGGAGCAACAGGUGGAUGUGGUUGAAUUCAUCGACUCUCUGCUGAGCUCCGAUGCCGCCCAGGGCGAGCUGCGGGCCGGCUGCGAGGUGAAGCAGGAGCCGCUGGGGCUGGAGGACUGGCUCAAGAGCCUGGCGGCGGCGGCGGCGGCGGCUCCGGUUACCGGGGGGGAUUCUGGCAGUUACGUCAUCAGCAGACCGGUGAUCAAGACGGAGCUCGUGCAGAGCGGGAGCGACCUCCACCUGCCCGCCUCCACCCUGGACGUCCACCUGCUGUCCUCCCUCCUGCAGGGCGCGUUCCCGAUCAUCAACAUCGGCAACGUGCACGCGCAGGGAGCCCCCAAACUGUCGCGCGGCGGCAGGCGCGCUCCCGCCAAGAGCGGGCUGAAGGUGAAGCCGUUCCCCUGCUCGGUCCCGGGAUGCGAGCGGCGCUUCUCGCGCUCCGACGAGCUCAACCGGCACGUGCGCAUCCACACGGGCCAGAAGCCGUUCCAGUGCACGAUCUGCGCGCGCAGCUUCAGCCGCAGCGACCACCUCACCACGCACACGCGCACGCACACGGGCGAGAAGCCCUUCUCGUGCGACGUGUGCGGCAAGAGGUUCGCGCGCAGCGACGAGAGGAAGAGGCACGGGCGCGUGCACGUCAAGCAGCAGCUGCGCGCCCAGAUGAUGGCGGCCUACUCGCUGGCCCUGAACGCGCCCGGCGUCUGAACCCGGAUCCGGGUGUGAGCGCGGGCCGCGGCAGGCCUCUUUAAAAGCUUCGGGAUUUGAACCGUCGACCGAAGAGCGUCAGAGUGACGUUUCCAUGUGACGUCACAUUGAAGGCGAUUGGAAGCAGAAGUGGGAGGAGUUAGCAGGUGUUCGGGGGACUUUGGUCCGCUCUGCAGGAGCGCGAGGACACGGUCCAAGGAGGAAGAGGAGGAACUCUCGACUUCCUGUUGGUGUUGAACUCUGACCUCCUGACCUCCUGACCCCCAGCCGAGGGCAGAGGAACUGUUCGUCCGAUCCGACGGACGAUUGACUGUAAAAUAUUUGGUGCAUGAAGACGUGAACAGUGAAGAAACUCUGUGAUGUUGUUUCCACGUUGAGACUUUAUACGGACGAUUCUCUAUGUUUGUAACACAUUCUAUUUUUAUAUCUGUCAGAGUGUGUAUAUUUGUAUGAGUCACUUUUCUAUCUGACGUGAUUGUAAAUGAUCUUCAUCAUGAUCGUCAUGACACUUGUUUACUGCUCCUUGUUCUGCAUGGAGGCUGUUGCCAAUAAACAAACUGACAAACAGA